AUGAACUUUGAAGGAAAGGUUGCACUGAUUACUGGAGGAACAUCUGGAAUUGGAGAAGCUAUUGUACGUCAACUUACUGAACAAAAAUGUAAUGUUAUUUUUAUUGGAAGGAGAAAAGAAUUAGGUGAAUCUAUUUCACAUGAAUUAAAUAAUAAACAUUUGGGACAAAUAGAUUUUAUUCCAUUUGACGUCACUAAUUUCAAAGAGUAUGAUUCAUUGGUUCAUAUCGUUCAAGAAAAGUAUAAUAGGUUAGAUCUUCUUGUUAAUAAUGCUGGAAUAGUUACUUAUGACACCUGUGAUGAAUUGACUGAGGAAACAUUUGAUUUAAUUUAUCAAACAAAUGUAAAAAGUGUUUGGCAAAUGACAAAACACUUUCAUAAUUUACUUGAGCAAAGUCAUGGUGCUGUAGUAAAUAUUGGUAGUGAUGUUUCUAUUAAAGCUGACCCUCAAUAUUUUGGAUAUAGUGAUAGUAAGGCUGCAGUUGUGCAUAUUACUAAAAUGAUGGCACUUCAAUAUGCACCAAACAUUCGUAUCAAUGCAGUUUGUCCAGGUGAUACAUUUGUUGAAAGAUGGAUUUCAGAUGAAGAACUAGAACGUAGGUUUGGUGAAGAGAUGGCACAUGACAAAAGCCUUAGGAAGGAAUUAAUUGAUUCAAUGCAUCAUUCCAUUGACAUUCCACUACAAAGAGUUGGAGAAGUAAAUGAUGUUGCAAAUGCUGUUCUUUUCUUGGGAAGUAAUUUAGCUUCAUUUAUAACAGGAACAUCAUUACUUGUUGAUGGAGGAGCUUCUAUAGUAUAA